AUGAAAAGACUUCGAAAGGUAUUCGGCGGAAAGAAGGACUCAAAAAAUGACUCGAGGAGGAACUCGAUGGCUGGAGAACCGAAAGACGCGUCCUCCCUCCGGCUGACGGACAGUUUCAAUACCCCCUUGCCCAAGCUGCAUGCCGCUGCGAAAGCUGGCGACUUGAUGAAAAUGGAAAAGGAGCUGAGAAAGCUGGGCGCGACUGGGGUAAACAGCAAGGACGACAUUGGCAGGACGCCGAUCCACAUUGCCGUCAUCUAUGAAAAGAAGGAGGCCUUGGAAAUGCUGUGCAAGCAGCAGCAGAAGAAUUUAAAUGCCACGGAUUCUGAUUUACGGACUCCUCUGAUGUACGCCGCAGAAUUGGGCAACAUCGACGCAGUGGAAACGCUGAUAAAAUACAAAUGCAACAUCAAUUGCAAAGACAGAUUCGAAUCGAACGCGCUGCACUACUCUUGCUACGCGAAGAAGCUCUCGCCCGUCGUGGAAAAGCUGCUAGAAAACGGACUCAGCCCGAAUGAACCGAACACGCAGGGAGAUACGGCGAUGCAUAUUGCUGCGAAAGAGGACAAAGCUGAUUUGAUGGAGAUUUUGUUGAAGUACGAUGGAGAGCUGAACAAACCAAAUCGAGCUGGUUUAACUCCUUUGAUGGUGGCGGCGAAAGAAGGAAGACACAACGUGGUAAAUCAGCUAACAGCAGCUGGAGCUAAGCUAAAUAUUUGCGAUGCGGAUGAAAAUGAUGCUCUGAAACUGGCGCAAAUCGCUGGUCACGGUGGCAUCGCGGGCCAUUUGAAAAGUAAACUGGAGGAAGAGAAGCUAAAGCAGCCUGCGACACCGGCGUUUGCAAGCAGCUCCGAAAGCGAUUCGGAAAUGUCGUCGACGGAGUCGGACUCGGGCAGCGAGACCGAGGAGCAUUCUUUCAGCAGCAAUAGAUUUCCGCCACUUCCAGUUAAUCAAGUUCCGCAAGUUUCCGCGGCGCCGCCAAAGACCCACCCGAGCACAAACGUCGACACGGGAAAGAAGAGCAAGCAAAAGCCCUCUGGAAGCAACGUCGACACUGGCAGCUGGAACGACACGACAGAAUCGUUUUCAGAACCGCCGAAGAAGCCAAAGAAGCGAUUCAGCUUCAGUUGGGGUUCCUCAAAGAGCAGCUCGACGAAAAGCAUUAAAAAUGCAGAGACGAAGAUUUCCAAAGACCUCAUCGGACAAACUGCUGAUCCUCCCAGCUCCAGUGUCGAUCCGCCGAGUUCUAGCGUGGACCCACCUCCUCGAGAACUAAGCGUAGAUCCUCCUCCUCCAAAUAACUCAAAACCAGCGUCGAGAAAAUCGUCAGUGAAAAACGACGAGAGCGAGGAAAGCGACUGGAAGAGCUCCCAAGAAUUCGUUCUUCCAGAAAUUCUAGCGAAAAACUCGACCGGGUCGAUUGGCGACGUAGACUACGCUGGAAUCGUGGCCAAACAUGGCCUUGGCCUUGUCGAUAAAGAAGCAGAGAAGAGAAAAAACAGCGAGAUUUUAGAAGAACUGCAACAUCGCGGGGAACGGCCGAAACAAGUCAAUACAUUGUACCAAGCAAAGGAUCUUGAACCACCACAGCCGCAUCCGCAAACUAAAGAUCCGUUUAUGAUUGAUUUUUCUUCCGAUGAAGACUUUGAUGCUGAUUCUGACGAUCAAUUGGAGAGAGCGAUCAGUCCACAGCCGCCAGGAAAUCCCCCAGAAAAGAAGACAAACGCAAGUGAAGACAACGAAGAGAACAAAAUCGAGGAAGAGUCAGACUGGGAUGAUACCCCCUGUUCAUCCCUCAGGCAGCCCUCACAUGAUCUGACUAUUGCCAAGUCGAAGGAAGAAGGAGCGAUGGGAAAAUCCCUCGAGCCUCAUUCUGAAGAAGAUGAGUCCGAACUCGUGCCGCUAGAAACCAAGAAAGAGGAAAAGACAAAUGUGCCCGGCCAAAACGCAGGUUUCAACCCCAUUCCAGUGCAGGGAUCUCCGUCGGAAGCGAGAGAUAAAAACGAGGAGAUUCCGACAGAUUCGGAAUCUGAAUGGACCGACUCGUCAGAUUCGUCGAUGGGAGGCAACAUUGAAAACGUCAAGAAGAGCAACAACAUCUUCAACCAUGAUUUUUUCGGAAGCGACAAAGAAGGCACUUCCCAAAAAUCCUCAAAUCCCAUGUCGCCGAGAACAGAGACGCCUCACUCGAGCGUCAUUUCUCCAAGGCCAGAUGGAAUGUCUCCCCAACCUUCGUCAGAAACAAACAAAAGCGAACGAACGCCCUCAUCCUCCGCUCAAUCACCUCUUCCUGAAACGACGACCUUUGAAGAAUCAACUGUCAAGCGAAACGAACGCGACGAGGAACUAGCGGAAUCGGAAUCUGCCACCGCAGAGAGCACGAACGCGGCGCUGGUCGCAGAUCCGCCCACUGAGCAGUUGGACAACAUGGAAACGUCGGAAAACAACACUUCCAAGUUCCUCGAUGACGAUCCCUACAUCUGCGUGCGCCAGCGCAAGGAGCAGUUCCAGAAGAUGGACGUCCCCCUUGCCGCCUCGAUGAACAAAGACCCUACCAUCCAGCCGCAGUAUUCAAACAAUCAGCCGAUAAAGUCGGCAAGCAAGAGCUCCCUCGGAUCCGUCACUUCCACAUCUCGCACGUCAUCGCAGCCCGCCAAGCCAGUGGUGAAACCAGCCUCGAACUUUUCUUCCAUCGAUCAUCGCUCUGGAUUGUCAAAGUCAUUUGGAGCGGAAGAGGAUCUUGCCCAGUCGAUCACUUCCUCUGCGGACUUCGGCCGAGUGACCCCGAUCGGCUCAAUGACAGACCUGACCGGCUCACGCCAAUUCGACGACAUUUCUAAAACGAAGAACGCGUCGAAGUUGCAGAGCGAGCUCCAACGAUCGGACCCGUACUUGGCCAAACAAUCGGAAUUGUACAAAGAUCUCACCUCGCAGAAUCAAUUGAACGAGCGUGAUUGUAUUAUCAAGACACAAAAGGAGUCGAUCAAGGGGCUCCAGCACGAAGUUAAUCAUCUCAAGGAACUGCAGCGGGCGAACUGGGCGGCGAAUCGAUCCAAUGAGUCCUUCGCCGAGCACGAGGACCUGAGCCAGAAGAACUUGCAGUUGACGAUCGAGGUGAGCGACUUGCGGGAAAAGGUCGACGAAAUGAUGAAAAAAGAAGCGGAAUACGAGCGGCAAAAGAACGAACACUCGAAAGUCAGGGAGCUAAUAACCGGCAUCAACGAGUCGAACAUGCGCAAUCUCGAGAGCUUCGAAGACCAACUCAAGAAGCGCGCCAUCGCCAUUGAAAAACUGCGCGGCGAUUUAGACGAGAAGCGGGCGCGGCUGGACAGGGCCGAGAAUGAAAUUACGCUUUUGAAUGAGACGAAUGCGCGGCUGCGCGUCGAGGCAGACAAGGUCACUCAGCAGGCGACGCUGGAGAAGCAGAUCGAGGAUCUCAAGGAAGAGAACAAGCAGAUCCGCCAGAACACGGAGAUGACGGACAAAAUGCACGACAUGAAGCACGAGUUCCAAACGCGCCUCGGCGAGUUGGAGAAAGAAAAGGCCGAGCUGGCUAAAGAAGUUGCAUACACCAAGGACGUUAUCGCUGACAAGAGUGGGCGAUUGUCGCACGCCGAGGCAGAGCUGCUCGAAUUCCGCCGCACGGAUCCGGUGCUCCGGCGAAACAACGAGGACCAAAAGCGCGAGAUCGACUUUUUAAAGACGCAAGUGUCGAGUUUGGAGGCAAAAUCUGCCUCCGAGUCGGCCAAAAUCAUCAGGCUUAACGAAGAGAGCGAGCGGCUUAGGGACAAUCUCCUGGCUUCGGAGACAAAGCUCCAGUCUCAAGUCGAACAAAUGCGCAGCGCAGAAGUGGGCAACACGGAGGCCGAGAAGAGCCUGGCGGCGGAGCGGGCCAAGGUGCUCAAGCUGCGCAACGACUGCGACAACUACCGCACGGAGGCGCUGAAUACGGCCAACGAAAAGGAAGAGGUCAAGAAUCAGCUAGGCCUGGCGAAUGACAAGCUUAAAUUGGCGGAGACGCGAAGCAGGGAUCUGGAAAUGGAGCUGCGCAAGGCCAACCAAAGCAUCGACCAUCUGAAGGCGACUUCCGACGUAGCAAUGAACGGCAACGACCACAAACUCGCAGUUGCCGAGUCCAAGCUUGAAAACGCGAACACACUCAACAGCGAGAUGAAAGAAGAGACGCGCAAACUGGUGCAAGAAAUCGACCAGCUCCGACGCGUCGACGUCGAGCAGACGAAAAAGAUCGCCCAGCUCGAGGCACAGGUAGAUUCAGACAACCAGAGCAAGAGCUCGUUGACGCUGCGGGAGCAAGAAUGGAUGCGCGAGAAAAUGCAGCUCAACGACGAGCUGCACAAGCUCAAGCUCCAGUCGAACGAGGACAGACGACAGUUGCAGAAUCUGCAGGCCAGGGAAAAGGAGAACGCGUCAGAGCAGGCGCAAAAAAUACAAAUACUCGAGGCCGAAGUCGCCGCCAAAUCUGAGGACUUGGGCAGAUUCAAACGACUCAAUGAAAAACAGUAUCGGCAACUUAUCGCUCAGGAAGAAAAAGGUCACGCCGGUCAGGAAGAAACGCAGCUGCUCAGAAGAGAAAUCGAAAAUCUCAAACUUCAAACGUCAAGUGUGAACAGCUCAGCGAACGAUCAGAUGAUCAAUCUUCGGAACGAAGUGGAGACGUUGAAAGCGAAGCUGCGCGUCGAACAGGACGCGCGAAAGACGGCGCAAGGCGUUUCCAAAGAACUUCAAAUGAAACUUGACCGGCUGCGGAUUAGAGUCGCCCAGAAAAAGGCCAAGUUCGACAUCAAGGACAUCGAGGAAAUUCAAAAGCGCUACCGGGAGGAGUCCCAAGCCGAUUUGGAAAACAAACUCGCUCAAGUCAACCAGUUCCUUCACGAGCAGCAACUGCGCAAUGAGAAGCUCGACAGAUUGAAAGCCGAAAAUUAUCAAAAUGACUUGAAGUACCAGGUCAAACGCAUCGCGGAAUUGGAAGCAGAGGUUGCCAGAUAUAGGGACAAUUCGUUCGGAUUCGAGUACGAAAAGAACUCCAAGUACAAAGACUUGUACAGGCAAGAAACUGCGGCGCGGGAAAAGUCGGAACACGAAUCGUCGGCGAUGAGGAAGCGAUUAAUGGAAAUAGAAGACAGACUCGCGACAUCGGAGAGACGCAACAAUCUCAGCCAGAGUUAUCUCAACCAGAGCUUCGGGGGCAACACGUCGGGCUACGGAACAAGCAGAUUCAACACGAGCGACAGGCUCAACUCUUCCUCGCUGUCAGCUACCUUGCCGCUCGAAGGGAGCUCGCUAAGGCGAAUGUCACCCGACUUGCUUUCUACCCAGGGACUUUAUAGCCGCGUCGCUGACGCCGUCUCCCGCGCGGAAAUGGACUCGAACGUGCGUGCCAGCCCGCUGCGGAGAAUUUAA